GGUGAUUCUCUUUCUCUUUAGACAGUGAUGGCUCAUGCCUGUCAUCUUUCUGAAGAAGAGCUGGGACUUUUUAAUCUUCGUGGAGCUGCAGUUGCACAUUGCCCCAGUUCUAACUUUUCGUUGCACAGUGGCAUCUUAAAUGUAAAAAAUGUUUUGAAGCACAAUGUGAAGGUUGGCCUUGGCACAGAUGUUGCUGGUGGAUAUUCAGCUUCUAUGCUUGAUGCUAUCAGAAAAACAGUGAUAGCAUCUAACACCCUUAAAAUUAAUAAAGUGAGUGAAGCAGGACUAACUCUUAAAGAAGCUUUUCGACUGGCAACUCUAGGAGGAAGCCAAGCUCUAGGACUGGAUGAUGUGAUUGGGAACUUUGAGGUCGGCAAAGAAUUUGAUGCACUGCUGAUCAACACUAAGGCCUCAGACAGCCCUUUCGACUUGUUCUCUGCUGAUACUUUCGAGGACUAUCUCCAGAAGUUCCUCUAUCUAGGUGAUGACCGGAAUAUUUCUGAAGUGUACGUGGCUGGGAAGCAAGUGGUUCCUUUUUCAAGUUCAGUAUAAAUCCAUUUCCCUUCUGCAAAAUGUUCUGCUGAUUACUCUGUAUCUGAUUUGGAAAACAUUUGUUUAAAACAGUGCCUGAUCAUUUGGAAUGACACCUCACUUCUGUUUUAAAUCUUGCAAAUUUGAAAAAUUCUGUUAGGCCUUUCAGGAAUUAUGUGACCAACAUUGUCACAGUUCUAAGAGGAAACAAACUUCUAAAUUUGCUUGCAAAGAUAACAUGUGCAUUGACAAAGAAUUUGGUAAGUUUUUUACUUAAAUAAACGAUUGGUGUUUCUUUCAGUAAUACCAGAGAAAAUAUUAAGAAGAGUAAGGAAGUUCUUACUGUUGUAUGUUAUUUUAGUUGAAAAAAAAAAUGGCCAGUAAAUCAUUUUUGCAAAUAAUGAAUGUCACAGAAGAAUGUAAUUUCCUUUAUAUUAUCACUAAGUAUGGAAAAAAAUAGUGGCAUUUGGGGGCAUUUAAUGAUGUUUUUCAUUUUUGUUUUUGUGGUUAAUUUUAAAAUACCCAUUUAUUUUAAAACAUAAUAAGUAUCUAUCUAUACAUAAUGAAGAGUUCUAAUUAUCAUUAGGCUCAGAUUUGUCGCUAGUAGUCAGAUACAAUAGAACUGGUGGAAGGAGCAAGUAAAAAAUACACAACUGGUCGAAGAGCUGCGAGUGCAGAAAGACUGUACAAUUCUGUGACGCUGUAAGCUGAAGUAGCAUUUCCUAAAUGUUGCUCUAGCAUCUGGAAGCAGUCAGUCCAAUCUUUCACCACUUCUCUAUUCACUUGACUGAAUGAAACUUGUAAUAACCCAAAAGCAGGUACAGAGAUGCCUGAGUGGGCUUCUCUGUGGCAGAAAAUGAAUGGGUUCUUCAGGAUUAGAGGGAGUGCUUUCUCUGGUUCAGCCUCUUGUAGAACCUUACCAAAUUCAUUUCUUCCAAACUGUUUAGAUUGUGGGUGAUAACAAUUUCCCUUCUCCUUUCUGUAGCAGAAAUGGGCAACUUUAAAGCAAAACCCGCCAGAAACAGGCUGUCUCUGGCUGUUACCGCCUUUCACUUGAGGUGUAAUUCCUUACUGGAAAAAGCUAUUCAGCUUUAAUGUGCUCUUUUUCUUUCAACACUGGAACAGUAACUACAGCCCUGUACAAUGCUAGGUAAAAAAUGUGUCCUUUUAAUUUUGGUAGUCUGCGUUCUUAAAAAGUCUAUUUUCCUACUUGUUAUUACAGCCUUUUUUUUAAUGCAAGAUUAGUUUGAGAAUGGGGAUACUUCUUGUUUCUUUAUUAUGGUUGUUGUUUUUUUUUGUGUUUGUUUUUGUUUGUUUUUGCAGUACAAAGGAUAAAAGCUUUAAUUUUAGUGUUAGUGGAUACAAUAUUGCACUACCUGCUAUACAUAUUUGUUGAGUAUGGCCGGCUUCAAACACCUUUGAUUUUGCUGAGCUUUAUUUCACACCUUUAUCUGGCUUCUAAUUAUAUAAAGGCACAGCCCUUCCCUGUGCUCUUAAAACAAGAGAGGUAUCUGCAUGAACAUCUAAAUUUCUGUCUGUAUAAGGGAAUGUUUGGUCUGAUAUCCUUAACAACUUGCUCUGACUUGAAGCUUUGUCGGAGCUUACGCGUUGUUCAGAUUAUGACUACAUGAGACAGUAUAGUGGAACCAUAACUAGAUUAGGCACUUAAAGUACCUGGAAUCUUUUUCAGUGUUUUGUGUUAUUUGUUUUUUUUUUGUUGUUGUUGUUGUUUGGUUGUUUGUUUUAUUCUGUCAUGGAGUAGCCCUACUGCACAGCAUGGUAUUUUGGCUUGCAUAUGCCACCCUAAAGCAGCUGCACUGCUUGCUCAUUUAGAGCUAGCUCAGGUAACCUCACACGGCAUCACUCUGUGCCAUAUGUGUGCCGAGUUACACUCUUUGUUUCCAUUAUGUUCAAUCAUUGCUAAGGCUUUUGGAUUAGAGAUUUAAGGAUUGAGAUUUCAUAUUCCAUCAGGAUGUCACAAAAGUUUUGUUUUUCACAUGUCCCUAUAACCUACAUAGUAGCACACUUUCUUUGCAAAUACAGGCUGCAGUUCUUUAACUCAGAUUCCUGAUUCAGGGAACAUUUUUCCUCGUGAAUUUUGACAUGAAUUUAAUUAAUUGACCAAAAUUUGCAAUCCAAAACCAAAGAUCUAUGAGAGACAUGUUUUAAUCCUCCAGUUACUGUCUGAAACUACUCCUAAGGAGUUGCAUGGUUUGCAGCUUUGGCUUUCCUGCAGGAAUGUAUUCUGGGACAGAGAAAGAUGAUGCAGACUGAUGUAUGUUCAUGCUAUAGUACUUUACUUCCAGAGCUAUGAAUUAUAUCAACUUUUAUUUUAGGGAUAGUCUAAGCUGUGCCUGACUUUAUUGCUAUUUUGUGGUAGUGUUAAGAAUGUGAUUCAGUGUUUGUUUCAAAGACUUGAAGAGAGGGAGAGGAUGAAUAUUUGCAAACUGGGAGUACAGAAAGAAGCUUUAAAGUCUCACCAAACACUGCUGGUGGCCCAAUUACAAAGGGACUCUCUAGAAUAUCUGCUGGGAAUAACUUUUGCAUUUGAAUAUUGGCAUGUCUUGAGAGUUUGGCUCUUGCUAAAUUCCUGCACGAGGCAGGAAUCUGGUAGCCAGACCCCACACUUAAAGAAUUGAUGUUCCAGAAUUGCAGCUCGGGGAGGUGCUCUGCCCACAAGUAGUAGUGCCACGGGCUUUCUGCAGCUCCAUACAUUGCUGGUGACAAAUCUGAAUUUGGUUAGAGGGACCAGUGGAAGAACUGAUACAGCCAUGUAACAAACAAACUGGUAGCAUCUAAAUAGAAUUGAAUGUAAAAAUUCUGUAAUACCAGAAAAAAGUUCCUUUGAGGUAGACCUAGAACUUUCUAUGGAAGGUAGCUUAGGAAGGAGUCUGGUUUUAGAAGAUACAGAGGAUGUAGUAGUCAGACUUCUCUGAAGCAAUUUUGGGGAAGUAUCCUGCUGUGAAGUAUUUAUUAGCCCCAAGGAUUCUUUGACUAUUUGAAGAUUGUAGAGAUGCUUGGUGCAGUAGGAGAAUAUUGGUAGGUGGCAGCAGUUACUGUUGAGACUUAUAGCUCUGCACCAAUGCCUGCAUAUAGUCUGAUUCCUUGUACUCUGCUGCAUACAUGGUCUGCAGCAGGUCAGAUCAUUGGUUCAGAUUCUUACAGUCUCUGUUAGAGACUGUAUUUGGUGUCUGUGACUGCACCUCCAGCGUAGUUUCCACCAAAGAAGAGAAACUUCCUUAUAUACCAAAACCACACUGGAAGCAGAAGCAAUGUUCAAUUAAUGGUAUGUAAACAUCAUUAGUGUCUCAAAA